AAGAUUAUCAAAUUAUAAUUAUAAAUCAAAAUCAAAAUCAAAAUCAAAAUAUUAGAUUUAAACCCUAAAUCUCUUUCUUCCUCAAUUCUCUUCUCAUCUAACUCUUCUCCUCUUUUAAAUCUUCAGCAUAUUAAUGGAUGGGCAUGUGAAGAAGAAACUCACUUGUGUUUUCAAAAGCUUCAGUUUGCAAGAUGACGAGUGCCACUACUCUCUUCCCUUCAAGGUCGCCGACUGUGAUUGGCGUCUUGUUGCUUUUCGCAAAAGAGAUACGGAUGGUGGCUACUUGUCCAUGUAUCUGGAACUUGCGCCUGGAACGUUGCCACCAAGAUGGAGAAGAGACGUGGAGUUUAGUCUCACUCUUGUGAAACAGGGUUUUGGUAAUUCGAACAAAACAUCAGGGCAAGGCUGUUUCGAUGCGGAGAAUAACAGUUGGGGCUUUGAAGAGUUCUUGCCUCUUUCAAAACUUUCGGGACAUCUGGUGGAUUAUAACCUCACCAUUAUCACUGAACUAGACGUUAUGCCAGCUAUCGUGUUACCAGAGGAACCUGUGAAGGAGACAACGGAUGUCAACGGGUUUGAGGUUUUGUCUUGUCAGGUAGAAUCUGUGAAGCGUAUAUUUGAAAGACAUCCAGACAUUGCUGAGGAGUUUUACGCAAAAAACCAACAUCUCAGGAAUGCAUGUAUGACUUUCCUGCUAAGCUUAGUGGAGACGUUAUGCCAGUCGCUUGAGAAGCUCUCUAAUGAAGAUCUUGUGGAAGCAGACAUUGCUUUGACAUACUUGAAAGAUGCAGGGUUUAAAGUGGAUUGGCUGGAGAAGAAGCUAGACCAACUAAAAGACAAAAAGGAGAAAGAGAAGUCUUGUUUGGCUCGACUCCAAGAAAUUGAAGAACAUCUACAGAAACUGAAGCAAAAGUGUUCACAGCUGGAUGCUCUUGCGGAUGAUGAGAAGACAGACUUGUCAGCUACAAGAACUGCUCUGUCUUUCGAUGAUAUUGUUUGAUUUAUUAGGAAUUUUGGUGCUCUGAUAUCUUAUAUUAUCCAUUGGUUUCUAAGUAGGAGGUCUUCUUGUAACUAUGACAUUCUGUUGUAAAAUUUAUUGCCACAACGUUUUUGA